CCAAAAAGCAUCCCGUGCCUUCUUGCUCUCCUCUUAUGGAACCCGCGGGAAAGGAGGCAAGACGCGUGAGGGCCCAGAUGUGACAAAGAUCGAUGCCAGUCACCGGUGAAGACAGAAAGAUGGAAUUUGGAGACCUCUUGAAGGUGAUCGGGGAAUUUGGGAGGUUCCAGAAACUGCUGGUGUUCCUCCUCUGCAUUCCGAAUUCCCUCACUCCCUUCCACAUGUUCGGCCAAGUGUUCAUUGUCACGGAAGUCCCUCACUAUUGCAACACGAGCUGGAUCCGCAGGUUUGACUUGAACUUAACCAAAGAGCAGGAGCUGAACUUGACCAUUCCUAGAAAGCCCGAUGGAUCUCUUGAGGAAUGCUGUAUGUUUACUCCUGUGCAAGGGAGCCUUCAAUCGCUUCAACUCAAUUCCACAGAAAAAUGCCGAGACGGUUGGGUGUAUCCUGACGAGCGGCCGCCGUCAUUGCUAACCGAGUUCAACUUGGUCUGCGAGCGAAAGAACUUAAACAGCAUCUCUCAGUCCUUCCUCAUGGCGGGCGUUCUGGUUGGAGCAUUGGUCUUUGGGCCGCUGAGUGACAGGAUUGGGAGCCGAAACAUGAUCUUGUUCACCCUUCUCUUGAUGGGCUCCUUUGGUGUCGGAGCAGGCUUUGCACCCAAUUUGUACGUCUACAUCGCCUUGAGAUUCAUCGUGGGUUCUGCUUUUGCUGGAUUCAGUAUAAGUGUGGCGGCUUUAAGUUCUGAGUGGGUGGGGGCUUCCUACCGCCCCCUUGCGAUGAUUAUUACUCACUGUUGCAAUGCCAUGGGGCAGAUGGCCCUGGCCGGCUUGGCAUACGGCAUUCGGAACUGGAGGCUCUAUCAGAUUGUCGGCUCUGCCCCUGCGUUGUGUCUCUUCUUUUACAUAUGGAUCCUCCCCAGUUCUGCCCGAUGGCUUCUGACAAGAGGGAAGAUAGAAGAGGCGAAAAAGACAAUCCGAAGGGCCGCGUCGAUCAACAAGCGAAGCGCCCCAGAAGAAUUACUCAACCAGCUGGCUCCCGAAAAGAAGGCCAAACCUGGAAACAUCCUGGAUCUUUUUCGGAAGGCACACCUAAGGAAACUUAUUUUAAUUAUGGCUUGGGUCUGGUUUGUGGACAGUCUGGUGUACUAUGGAGUGAGCCUUCAUGUUGCGGAUUUCGGCCUGGACAUCUACAUGACCCAGCUUGUGUUUGGAGCUGUUGAAAUACCGGCACGUGCUUCCUGUAUCUUUCUACUGCAGUGGAUGGGGAGGAAGAAAUGCCAGGCUGGUUGGCUUCUCCUGGCAGGAGUCAUAUGCCUAAUCAUCCCUGCAAUUCCAAAAACGAUCCCUGUCGCCGUGACGGUGCUGGCUGUUAUCGGCAAGGCCUCUCUUGGGGCCUCCUUUUCAACCACUUACGUGUUCUCUGCAGAAGUGUUUCCCACAGUCAUCAGGCAGACCAGCUUAGGUUUGUGCUCCAUGUCGUCCAGAAUUGGUGGCAUCCUGGCUCCACUGGUCGGCCUUCUGGACGAGAUCCACCCUGCAAUUCCGAUGGUGCUACUUGGAGGCAUGGCUUUGGCCGGGGGGAUCCUCUGCUUCUUUCUGCCUGAGACACGGAACAAAGAUCUUCAGGAUGACACGACAGUGUCUCCAUCAAGCCAGCUAUCCGAGAAGCCAGUCCACAGUGGUGUUGAAAACGGACCUGCGGAAGAGAAAAGUGGGAACCGGAUCGCAGAGACCACGAGUACAUACUUUUAGCGACGUGAUCAAACCUCCUGGCUUUGAAAAGAAAGAUGGAACAUUCCAUUUUUUUAAAAACAAGAACUUUAUUAGUU